GUUCCCGACCGACCCCCAGCCUUUUUUAUUCUUCUUCCUUCUUUACUUCUUCACCAACACAUAUCUCCCAUUAUCUAUCGCCAUGACUGACACUCAACCCGCCCCCGUUGCUAUCGAGGACAGCGGUGUUCCCGAACUCGAGUCCGCCCCCGAGGACGCCACCAAGGUUGUCGAGCACGUCCACGGCCCCAAUUGCAGCCACGACCAUGAGCACGACCAUGAGCACGCCAACGGAGAGGAGCAACAACAGCUCGCUGGACAGAGGAAUGACUUCGACCUCCUUGAGGUCAAUGGCACCAAGGACAAGACCACAGAUCCCUUGGUCAAGAAAUACUUUGAGGCCAAGGAACUGUUUGCCAAAGCCAACGAACGCUUGAACGAGAUCCCCGAGGGUGCUGAGACUGAGUUGAUCGAGAAGCACAAGGACGAUAUUGUCGCUGUGACCAAGGACCUCAUGCAGGCUUUCUUGCUGGACGAGAAGGCCUGCCAGCUGAACCAGAGGAUCCUCAAGCUGGCCGAGCAGUACGAGCUGUAUGUCCAGACCUACAACCCCGAGGGCACCUCGACUGCCACCGUCGACUCGGAGGAAGAAGGUGCUGAGCAGCAGACUACCAUCUACACCCGGGACUCUGUCAUUUUUGUCAUCAUGAUCCUCUGGAGCGGCGGUCAGUUCGAGCAUUGCAUCCAGACCUUGACCUUCGCCAUCCAGGAGUUCGAGAACAUCAAGGGUCGUCUCUUGGAGCUCCGUUCCUCGUGCUACAUGGCUCUUCGCAACUUCAAGGCCUGCAACGAUGAUCUUGAGACCGCAUUGACGGUCGAGCCCAUCAACGUCGAGAACCACUCUACCCUCGGUAACGUCUAUUAUGCCACUCACCAGGCCCAGGACGCCCUUCACCACUUCAAGUCCUUUGUCGAGGUCGCCCACCCCGACUCUCGCACCCUCCCCAACGCCUAUUACGCUCUUGCUGUCUUGACUCUCCAGUCCGCACCCAGUGGCACGAUCAAGAAGAAGAGCAACCAGGCGCUUAAGCAGGCUGCCGUGCUCAAGGAGGCCCAAGACUACUUCAAAAAGGCUCAGGAGGCCGAUCUUCGUUUCAAGGAGCUGUAUGGCGUCGUCACUGGCCUCAACGAGAUCAAGAGAACCGCCUACGAGGCCUUCCAGAUCCGUACUGCCAACCGCAAUGGCUUCAUCUCGACGGACCCUACUCCCGCUCUGUUGGAGGCCUCUGAGAUCUUGAAGAAGUCGUUUAAGAAUCCCGGUAUUUCUUCAUGCGCCAACUGUGGUCGCCCCGACAACGUUGCCAACGACACCCGCUCGCCCGAUCAGAAGCCUAAGCCCUUGAUCAAGUGCGCCAAGUGCAACAAGGUUGCCUACUGCUCCCGGCCAUGCCAGAUCACCCACUGGAACGCCUCGCACAAGAACAACUGCAAAAAGUAACUGGACUCUAGCACUUUUAAGGCCGCGUGAUCUUUGCUAUUCGUUUCUUUUUUUUUCUUGUUUAUUUUCAGUAUGUCUUUUUUAUUUACAUAUCACGGGAAAAGAAAGGCAGACACUUAGGACGUAGAAAGAAGUGCUCUUGUAAUCAUGUAUAGAGAAUAUAAAAAGAUAUUCAAAUAUUC